UUUUUUAUUUCUUGUUUAUUGCACCAUUGUGCUCAAAGUUUACGUGCCCUUGCACGACACCAUUACCACAAGAUCUCAUACACUCAUCAUCAUCAUCAACAGCGUCAUCUAUACAAAAUGGCUAGGAAUACUUCUGGGCAUGACAAUCCUGGACAAAGCCUAUUUCAAGGGACUGAUCUGACCAGCAUUCAAGUUAAUAAUGAUUUCCAAGAUGAUGAAGAAGAACAUUUAGAAAUGCAGAGACUUCAAGAAGAGCUUGUUAAAGAAAUCGAAGAAUUUAAUGAAAGUGAGGCCAAUAUGAGUGUUAUAAAUUCUAGUCAUUGUAGUGACAAUUCUGAUGAUGAAAUGGCUAGGAAUACUUCUGGGCAUGACAAUCCUGGACAAAGCCUAUUUCAAGGGACUGAUCUGACCAGCAUUCAAGUUAAUAAUGAUUUCCAAGAUGAUGAAGAAGAACAUUUAGAAAUGCAGAGACUUCAAGAAGAGCUUGUUAAAGAAAUCGAAGAAUUUAAUGAAAGUGAGGCCAAUAUGAGUGUUAUAAAUUCUAGUCAUUGUAGUGACAAUUCUGAUGAUGAAAUGGCUAGUUUUAUUAAAGAAUCAUUUACAAUAAACAGCAAAUUAACAGUUCACUGGGAUGGAAAACUGAUGUUGGACCUCACUCAUUUACAAUAUGUGGACUGUCUCCCAGUAUUGGUGUCAGGUGGAGAUGAAAUUAAAUUACUGAGUAUUAAAAAAUUAUCUUGUUCAACAGGAGAAAUGCAGGCACAAACCGUUUUCGAUUGUUUGAGUGAAAAAGAAUGGAAUUUAUACAAAAAUAUCGUUGCAAUGUGUUUUGAUACAACAUUUUCGAAUACUGGUAAAAACAAUGGGUCAUGUGUACUAUUAGAACAUAAACUUGGAAAAAACUUAUUUUGGCUUGCAUGCAGAUAUCAUAUUUUUGAAUUAGUCAUUGGAGCAGCAUUUCAAGCAGUGUUACCUUCAGCGACAACAGGCCCUGAUAACCGAAUGUUUGUACGAUUUCGAUCUUCUUGGUCUAAAAUUGAUCAUUCUGCAUACGUUAUAGCAAACUCGGCUAUUAUUCAAAGGAUUACAGAGAAUAUACGAUAAUUUACGCCAUAAAUAAUAACCCCUCUCCAGAAGUUCCCAAUGUAAGACCGAAAAUUGACCAACACGAUAUAGAAAAUUUACAGCUUCAUGAUUUAGCUAACAAAAAUACAAUACAAAUUUUCACAGAAUUUGGUGUCGAUGAAUUUUUGAAAAAUGACGUGGUAAACUGGACCGAGUCUAAAAGCUACUUAAAAGCAGAGGAAGUUUUUAAGAAUCUUCGAGUUACCAAUGACGUGGCAGAAAGAGGAGUUUCAUUGAUCCAAGACCUUAAUCGCAAAAUUACCCAUGAUGAGGAUCAACUUCAGUUUCUCUUACAAGUAGUUUCUGAGCAUCGGAAGAUUUACCCUGAUUGCAGCAAACACACUUUAAAAAAAAGCAAUUCAACUUUUAUAUAAUUUUUUAAUUCUUUAGUAAGUAAAAUUAGAAAUGUUAAAAAUGAUUUAUAUAAUAUAGCUUGACUUAUUGAUAAAAAAAUAUAAGAACGUAUACAUAAAAUAGUUUUCAU